AUGGAGAUCGAGAAGCAAGUCCAAACAGAUAGUGAUGUUGACGAUAAAACAGCUUUAAUCAAUGAAAAGCAGCAGCCUUCGGAUACAGAUUACUCUAGCGAUUCUAAUGAUUUAACAACUCAUAUAGAUGAUAUUGUAGAUUCUAUCGAUAUUGGAUUAUUUCAUUAUAUAAUCACGAUAGCGUCCGGACUUGGCUUCGGUGGAUGUACCUUAUUUUAUCAAACAAUCAGUUUCAUUGUCGUUGCGGCAUGCGAUUUAGACAUUAACAGAAGUAACAAGCAUUGGUUGAGUUUAGCUUUUAUAAUCGGUUCCGUUAUUGGCUCUGGUAUAUCUGGUAGGUUAACUGAUACUUAUGGUAGACGAAAAAUGUUCGUAAUAUCGUUAUUCAUUAAUUUAAUAUGCAUGCUAGCGUGUGCAUUCGCAUAUAAUUAUGCCAUGCUUGUUAUCAUGACCGGUUUCAAUGGUUGCGCCUAUGGCGGCAUUGCUACAGCUGCUCAUUCUUAUGUUUUAGAAUUUUUUCCUCGACGUUCUAGAGGUAGAGCUGGUGCAGUUUUGUCUUCCUUUCUAACACUUGAAAAUUUAUACAACUCAGCCAUAGCGUUACCUUUAUUACCUUACCCAUUUUACUAUGCUAUAGGCUCUAUCUACUUUACAAGUUGGCGACUUUAUAUUCUCAUAAGCGCUAUUCCAGCGUUAUUAAGUUUUUGUACACUUUUAUUUAUGCCUAAUAGUAUAAGAUUUGUAUUAGCGAAGAACGACAAAAAAGCUUUUCGAGAUGUAUUAAAUAAAAUUGAUCAAAUCAAUUCGUGUUUUAGUACUAGUCGUACUUCGCAUGAUAAAGUAUUAUAUUCUAAAAUAACGACUCUUGAUUUACAACAAAAUGACAUCCAUAGUAAGAUUAGAAAAGAAGAGCGUAGAAAUUUCGCGGAUGAUAUUAGAGAAUUAAUGAAACAACCUUGGCGUCGACGAUUUAUAUUAUUAUCUAUAGUAUGGAUCGGAUAUUCUAUCGCCGAUCAUGGAUUCACCAUAUGGUUACCGACAGUGAUGGCUAGUUAUGAGGGUGGUAAAACUUGUUGGCAUGGUUAUAAUAAGACAGAAAAUAUACCAUGGAAUACUACACAUCUAUACAAUGGUGUCAAUUCUGAUUGUAAAAGUGGCGAUAGCUUAAAGGCUAUUAUAUUAGAUAUUCUUAUAGGCAAUCUAUUUUCAUUACCAGUUACAAUUUUUUGUUUUCUACUUAUUAAUCGAGUAGGUCGAAAAGUAUUAUAUAUUAUCUUGGCAUCUAUUAGCGGAUUUUGUAUAUUAAUGAUACUGUUAUUAGAUAAUAGGCUAAGUGUCAUGAUAAUAGCAUGUAUUUUUACAGCGAUAACUACUAAUGCAUGGAUACCUUGUAAAAUUUGGACUACAGAACUAUUUCGGACUGAAUUCAGAUCGACUGUUGUCGGUCUACUAAGUAUAAUUGCGGCAUUAUUUCUACCCGAUACAUCUAACUCUGAUAUUCGAUAA